AUGGCCCAUAUAUCGCCACAUCUUAACAACUCUGAAUACACCGUUGGAUGGAUCGCAGCCUUAUCGCAUGAAAGGGCCGCUGCUGAGGCAAUGCUCGACAAGAAGCAUCCCCCGCCCCAGCACAAGCACACGAAUGACGACAACAUCUACACCCUAGGCUCCAUCAACGCCCCAAACGGCGAGCACAAUGUGGUCAUUGCCAGCCUUCCACCCGGCCGAUACGGGACCACGCCCGCCGCCAAAGCUGCUAUGCAAAUGCUCUCCAGCUUUCCAGCUAUAAAAUUCGGACUAAUGGUCGGGAUCGGCGGUGGUAUCCCGAGCAAUGACAACGAUAUCCGGCUGGGCGACGUUGUGGUAAGCAAACCGAAUGGCACCUUUGGAGGCGUUAGACAAUAUGAUUGCGGAAAAACCACUGCCCGCGGUUUUAAGGAGUAUGGCGCAUUGAACUCCCCGCCUUGGGUUCUGCUCAACGCGAUGGGCGCUCUUGAAAGCCAACAUGACACAAGAGGGAGCGCGAUACCCAACAUACUGGAUGCCAUGUACAAGUUUUAUCCGCUGAUGGCCAAACCGCGAAAAGGGCCGGGCUACAUCUAUCAAGGUGUAGAUCAUGAUCGGCUGUUUCACCCAGAUUAUGAGCAUAUAAGCAGCAAGAACGACUGUAAUGAGUGUGACACCGAGCAGGAGGUGGUACGCUUAGAACGCCCCGAUCGAGAUCCUUUUAUCCACUACGGCACUAUCGCUUCUGGCAACCAGGUUGUCAAGAAUGCACGAAAACGGGACCAGAUGUUGGAAAAUUGUCUCUGUUUUGAAACGGAAGCUGCCGGAUUGAUGAAUGAUUUCCCUUGUCUUGUCAUCCGUGGCAUCUGUGACUAUUCCGAUACCCAUAAGAACGAUCGGUGGCAAAGGUACGCUGCAGCUACAGCAGCAGCAUACGCGAAGGAGCUUCUUCAGAUUACAGAUGCCGCGGACAUCAAAAGCACACCAGAGGCGCGCGGGGUCAUGCAUGAACUGCAGGAAAUCAAGUCAAUCACAAAAGGACUUGCCCUCGAUAGAGAACAGCAACAGCUAGAUCGAAGGCUGCAGGAGAUAUUCAAAUGGCUGUCUCCCCUUAGCCCUUCAGCCCGGCACUCCGAGAACCAAAAGCAGCGCGUUGAAGGUACGGGUAUGUGGAUGCUUGAAGACCCUAAAUAUCUCGAUUGGUCGUCAAAGACACCAAAGUGUCAAACACUAUGCUGCUAUGGAGACCCAGGAGCUGGGAAAACAAUUAUCACAUCUCUUGUAAUCGAUAUGUUGGGAGAACACGUGGCCCUAGGAUCGAAAAUAGGGUUGGCAUACAUGUACUCCGACUAUAGAGACCAGAAACAACAGACGACAGAGAAUACUUUAGGUGCAGUCCUGAAGCAACUAUUAGGACUUUUACCCCAUAUUCCAGUGGAUGCUCUGAAACUGUACGAAGAACAGGUCACGCAAAUGAAACCACUAAAGUUGACAGAAGCAAAAAAUUUUCUCCAAAUAAUCUGUGCGCAGUUCAGCAGAGUAUACGUUUGCCUAGACGCACUUGAUGAACUAUCAGACCUACGAGGCCUUUUGGAAUGUCUAAGUGACAGACCUCCCUCCAUGCAAUUAUUCAUUACCGGCCGUCCUCAUGUCCGGGAAGCUAUCCAGAAAUACUUCAAGGAAGAACAAAGCAUUUACAUUGAAGCUCACAGAAGCGAUAUUCGACGAUAUAUCGAACAUGAAAUUGGUGGACCCAAUGAUGUUGAGCCUGAUGCUAUGGACAAGAAGCUGAGAAUGGACAUUCUUGAGAAAGUUGUCGACUCAGCUGAGGGAAUAUUUCUCCUGCCUACACUGCAAGUCCAUGCCGUCCUCCAGGCUACAACCAUACGCGAUCGUCAAGAAGCCUUGGAAACAUUGCCGUCGAAUCUUGGCGAGGCCUUUACUGGAACAAUGACUAGGAUAGAGCAGCAGCCGAAUGCACUGUCCAGGCGAGCAGGGAAGGUCAUUGCGUGGAUCCAUCUAGCGGAACAGCCGCUCACUGUUGAUGAGCUACUAUGCUCACUUGCAGUCAAGGAUGGUGACACCUCUUUUGACCUCAGGGGUAUCCCUGUUAGAGGAACAUUGCUAAACUGCUGUCAUGGCUUAGUUGUGACUGACCAGGAAACAUCCGCCGUCCGUUUAGUCCAUUACUCUCUUGACGAAUAUCUGCGUGGGCAAGACCAGAUAUUCGGUCUCACCAAAGCGCAAUGGCACAGCAAAAUCGCAUGUACAUGCCUUACCUUUCUCAACUUCCCAUCUUCGACAGGCAGAAAAGCAUCGGAUGAAAGCGAUAUGAAAAUAUCGAUUUUGUCCUACGCCGCUACGCAAUGGGGCAACCACCUUCGAAUGAGCGAAGACUUGCCAGAUGCACCUUUGGACCUUGCCAAAGAAUACCUUAACACCAGGUCAAAAAUUGACUUCUUGAGCUUCAGACUAUUGCGCGAUGUCAUGUACCCAUAUGUAUCCAUCCGUACUAUUUCGCCUGUUAAUAUAGCAGCUUUCUUUGGUAUUGCAAGAAUCAUGUCCGACCUGAUUUCGGCUAUGAGGGACUUUGACUCCAAAGGUGCAUACGGUCAGACACCACUGUCAUUAGCUGCACAGAAGGGUCAUAAGGCAGUAGUGAAGCUAUUGAUAGAGAAUGGUGCUACAGUGGACUCGGUGGAUACUAAAUAUGGCCAGACACCGCUGUCAUAUGCUGCAGAGAACGGGCAUAAGGCAGUAGUGAAGCUGCUGAUAGAGAAUGGUGCUGUGGUGGACUUAGUGGACAAACAUAACCAGACACCGCUGUCACAGGCUGCAGAGAACAGGCAUGAGACAGUAGUGAAGAUGUUGAUAGAGAAUGGUGCUACAGUGGACUCAGUGGAUACUAAAUAUGGCCAGACACCACUGUCAUAUGCUGCAGAGAACGGGCAUGAGGCAGUAGUGAAGCUGCUAGUGGAGAAGGGUGCUAUAGUGGACUCAGUGGACUCAGAUGGCCAGACACCGCUUUUAUGUGCUGCAAAGCGCGGACAUAAGGCAGUAGUGAAGCUGCUGAUAGAGAAUGGUGCUGUGGUGGACUUAGUGGACAAACAUAACCAGACACCGCUGUCACAGGCUGCAGAGAACGGGCAUGAGGCAGUAGUGAAGCUGCUAGUGGAGAAGGGUGCUAUAGUGGACUCAGUGGACUCAGAUGGCCAGACACCGCUUUUAUGUGCUGCAAAGCGCGGACAUAAGGCAGUAGUGAAGCUGCUGAUAGAGAAUGGUGCUGUGGUGGACUUAGUGGACAAACAUAACCAGACACCGCUGUCACAGGCUGCAGAGAACAGGCAUGAGACAGUAGUGAAGAUGUUGAUAGAGAAUGGUGCUACAGUGGACUCAGUGGAUACUAAAUAUGGCCAGACACCACUGUCAUAUGCUGCAGAGAACGGGCAUGAGGCAGUAGUGAAGUUGCUGAUAAAGAAUGACGCUGUAGUAGACUUAGUGGACAAUUUGGGUCAGACACCGCUGUCAUAUGCUGCAUGGAACGGACAUAAGGCAGUAGUGAAGUUGCUGAAGGAGAGUCAAAGCAGAAAGAGGAGGAGAAUGAAUUAG